GCAAGACUCCAUGAAGCCAUGUCACUGUCCCAUUGGUAAAUUUCCGCGACACGCCAAGAUACCGUACCACCCCUACCCACCGGUUAGCUAGCCCCACAUCAACAUGGCCGUUGACCCCCUCCUUUGUGCUAUCCCUCCUGCCUCGAUGUUACAAUCAUACAAUCAGACGAGAUGUUCACUGCGCGGCCCGUGCCUCCCUGAGCAAAUUAAGACCGAACCCUACCUAGUACCCCUUUCAUAGUAAAAAGGCCGCAUAUUCCCGCCGUGCUUAGUUGACUGUCACUCUCAAAGCUGAACCUGACUCGAUCCCCCACGCUGAACUUCAACAGACUCAUCGAACCCAGAAGGUCAAAUCCGAUUUGGGUCGGCAAUUUCGUCUGAACCAGACCUGGAUCUUCUCUUUCUCUCUGUCCCGAAUAACCUCCAGAGUGACAAAAACGAAAACAUGGGCUCCAUGGCAGCUGUGCUAGACACCUCCGCCGCGCCCGCUGGCAGCGCUCAGCAACGCAUCGCACCACAGCUGCCCACCACUGCCCGCCUCUUCCAUGCGACCUGUGCCUUUGCGGUUCAGAAGCUCCUGCUGCCCCCAUGGAUCUUCCUCAGAAAGGUGAAGACCUACAUCAUCUCACCUGGGGAGACGUACCCCGACCAGAUCAAAGCAUACCCUGCUCUGAAGCAUUUACCCGUUCGAAUCUUCCUACCCCCAGGCUAUGACCGGACCAGCACCAAACGCUUCCCUGUGCUCCUCACCAUCCACGGCGGUGGCUUCGUCCUGGGCAACCCUUGGGACAAUGACCCCUGGAAUCGCGCCUUCUCCAGCAAGCACGGCUAUCUCGUCGUAUCACUCAACUACAGCAAGGCACCUGGCUCCCCCUUUCCCAAGCCCGUCUACGACCUCGAAGCCCUCAUCCAGCUUGUCUUAGCCGACACAACACUGCCCAUCGACUACGACAGGAUCGCCAUAGCAGGCUGGUCAGCAGGCGCCAACUUGACUCUGGCAGUCUCUCAGCUCGACACCGUCAAGCUCCACGUCAAAGCCGUUGUCCCUCUCUAUCCCGUGGUUGACUUUGUCCCCACUCAAGAAACAAAGUGUGCCGGCCGCCGCUACAAGCCCGACCUUGGCGGAUUCCGCGGUAAAGAUAAGGACUUUCUGCUCGCCAUGUCGCCGACAUUCAACUGGGCUUAUCUCAACCCCGGCACUGACUUGCAUGACACACUCCUCAGCCCAGCACACGCCAAGAGGGAAGCACUCCCCAAAAACAUUUUUAUGAUUGGCUGCGAGCUGGACAUGUUGGCUCCUGAGGCGUGGAGGAUGAUUUGCAGUCUGGCUGGCAAGCGUGUGCCGAGAGAGGAUGAGGUGGUCGGAAGGCAGAUGAUGGCAAAGGAGGGAGAGCUGAUCACGGGCAAUGAUGAUCGGUAUGCCUGGGAAGAGGUGAUCAAGAUGGAUGGAGGGGCGAGAUACAAGUGGUUGUUGGUUCCGGAUCAGGUGCAUGGGUUUGAUCAAGACAGCAUUGGGCACAUGGUGGGCAAUGAUGUGAAGUGCUUGAAGGAUGCCAAGAUGAAGACGGAAAAGAUGAUUGAGAUUAUUGGGGGUUGGCUGGAUGAUGUUAUGGAUGUUGACAAGUGAUAAUGGGAUCUAUCUUGAGGUGUAUAUGACACGCUGCUUCAUGUUCUUGGUGUGUUCACUUAGCUGGUAGCUGUAAUGCACGCAUCGAGAUAGAAAUGCACAACAGUUGACUGUCAAAACGUAUGUCGGAACUCAACACCCUAGAGGCG